CGGGAUGUCGCGUGGGGCUUUCGAGUAGGAGCUGCAGGCAGCGCCGCGUAGUCGCUGGUUCUCGGCUCGGCCUGGGCUCUCUGGGCGGGACGCUUCGCUUCUUUCCGCUUCGUGCUGGGGGUUCUGACCGGAGCCGUCCUCCCGCCGCCGUCGCCGCCGCCGGUUUCCCUUGGAUGCCCUUGAGCCCUUGCUGAGGUCCGCCAUGGCUUUGCGCCCCAGCCUCGGAGCCCCCCGGAGCCCCCGAAGCCAGCAGCACCCCGAGAUGUCCCCGCGCCGCGUAUAGCGAUAGCCCCGCGACGUGUGCCCCCGUUUACAGUAUUUAAUCGUAUGUAAUAUAUAUUAUUUAUUAUAGCAUCCUCAUACCUCAUUUACACAGCCCCCCCCCCCCCCCCAGCAGCCCCCCCAAGCGAGGCCCCCCUGGACGCGGGAAGCAUGGCCACCCCCCUGGGCUCCCUCGUGACGCUGGUCACGCCGCUGGCGCCCACGGCCCCCGGGCCCCUAGUCGACUAUCUGUGGAUGCUCGUCCUGGGCUUCAUCAUUGCCUUUGUCCUCGCCUUCUCCGUGGGCGCCAACGACGUGGCCAACUCGUUCGGCACGGCCGUGGGCUCCGGGGUCGUGACCCUGCGGCAGGCCUGCGUGCUGGCCAGCGUCUUCGAGACUGUGGGCUCCGUGCUGCUGGGGGCCAAGGUGAGCGAGACCAUCCGCAAGGGCCUCAUCGACGUGAACAUGUACAACUCGACCCAGGAGCUCAUGGCCGGCUCGGUCAGUGCCAUGUUCGGGUCCGCCGUGUGGCAGCUAGCGGCUUCGUUUUUGAAGCUCCCCAUUUCUGGUACCCACUGUAUUGUCGGUGCGACCAUCGGCUUCUCCCUGGUGGCCAAGGGGCAGGAAGGUGUCAGGUGGUCAGAGCUGCUGAAAAUCGUAUUAUCUUGGUUCAUCUCCCCACUCCUUUCUGGCAUCAUGUCUGCAAUUCUGUUCUUCCUAGUUCGAUCCUUCAUCCUCCGAAAGAGUGAUCCAGUUCCUAAUGGCUUACGAGCCCUGCCAGUUUUCUAUGCCUGCACAAUUGGAAUUAACCUCUUCUCCAUCAUGUACACUGGAGCACCCUUGCUGGGCUUUGACAAACUUCCUCUGUGGGGUACCAUCCUCAUCUCGGUGGGAUGUGCUGUUUUCUGUGCCCUUAUCGUCUGGUUCCUUGUCUGUCCCAGGAUGAAGAGAAAAAUUGAACGAGAAAUUAAAUCCAGUCCUUCUGAGAGCCCCUUAAUGGAAAAAAAGAGUAGCUUGAAAGAAGAUCACGAGGAAGUCAAGCUGUCUCUUGGUGAUGCUGAAAACAGGAACCCUGUUUCUGAUGGGGGAGCUGCUACUGUGCCGCUGCGAGCUGCAGUGGAGGAGAGAACUGUCUCAUUUAAGCUGGGAGAUCUGGAGGAAGCCCCAGAGCGAGAGAGGCUUCCCAGUGUGGAUGUGAAAGAAACAAAUAUUGACAGUGCAAUGAAUGGCACAGUACAGUUGCCCAAUGGGAACCUGGUCCAGUUCAAUCAAGCAGUCAGCAACCAGAUGAAUUCCAGCGGCCACUAUCAGUAUCACACCGUGCACAAAGAUUCUGGCUUGUACAAAGAGUUACUUCACAAGCUGCACCUUGCCAAGGUGGGAGAUUGCAUGGGGGACUCGAGUGACAAGCCCUUGAGGCGUAACAACAGCUACACGUCCUACACCAUGGCCAUUUGCGGCAUGCCUUUGGAUUCAUUCCGUGCCAAAGAAGGAGAACCGAAGGGGGAGGAGAUGGAAAAGCUGACUGGUCCUGUCUCUGACUCCAAGAAGAGGGUCCGCAUGGACAGCUACACCAGCUACUGCAACGCCGUGUCCGACAUCCACUCGGUGUCCGAUGUCGAUGUGAGCGUCCAGGCUGAGCGGGGCCUUGGGGACAGGAAGGGCAGUGGGGACUCCCUGGAGGAGUGGCGUGACCAGGACAAGCCAGAGAUCUCCCUGCUCUUCCAGUUCUUGCAGAUCCUCACGGCCUGCUUCGGCUCUUUUGCCCAUGGUGGCAAUGAUGUAAGCAAUGCCAUCGGACCUCUGGUGGCUCUGUAUUUGGUCUAUCAAACUAGAGAUGUGGCUUCCAAAGUGGCAACCCCAAUUUGGCUUCUGUUGUAUGGUGGUGUUGGUAUAUGUAUUGGUCUCUGGGUCUGGGGAAGGAGAGUUAUUCAAACCAUGGGGAAGGAUCUCACACCAAUCACACCCUCUAGUGGCUUCAGUAUUGAACUGGCGUCAGCUGUCACGGUAGUAAUUGCAUCAAAUGUUGGCCUUCCCAUCAGUACGACUCACUGUAAGGUGGGCUCCGUUGUUUCUGUUGGCUGGCUUCGAUCUAAGAAAGCCGUGGACUGGAGACUCUUCCGAAACAUUUUCAUGGCCUGGUUUGUUACUGUCCCAAUUUCAGGAGUGAUCAGUGCUGCUAUCAUGGCCCUCUUCAAGUAUGCCAUUCUCAGAGUGUGAAACCAUUCGGGAUCAAGCUCCUACCACUGCUUGGGAUCACACUUACACAUUCCUGCUCCCCAAAGAAUGACUAGCAGGGUUGCAGAGGACUCCUCCGAGAACGGCUUUUUAACAUUUAGGGGGCAGUGGGAGGGAAGUGUCACUUGUGCUAUAAUUGCUUUUGUGCUAAAUAUGACUUGUCUCAAAAUUAGCUAUGUAAAAUAGCCAGGUUUCCACUGAUUCUCAUUAAGGUCCCCUUUCUUCUGGGCUGUGAAUUCCUGUACAUAUUUCUCUACUUUUCUAUCAGGCUUCAAUUCCAUUAUGUUUUGAUGUUGGUUGUCAUUGAUGAUAAUUCCCUGUCAUUUUGAGGACCAUUCAGAGCCAGUUGAUGUAUGUAUCAAACAAAAUCAUAAUGGUGUGAUCUGCUCUGUUAGGUUCACCAGACGUGAACGGGGGCCUCCCUUAAAUAUUUUUAAAUGGAAAAUUCCCUGAGGAAAUUUUGCAGAAUAGUAACUUGUAUUCUGCAUUUGUUCUAAAGUAGUGGCAGGUUCCAUGGCAUAUAUGGGAACCACUCCCUUAACUGGAGGAAUGUUCACGGGCUUGGGGAAGAUGAAGUGGCCUGCCACUUGUCCUUCAUUUGUUGAAGUUUCACUAACUUUGUUACUGCUGAGGGGCAGGAGAGAGCCUUCACAAUUCCCACAAGGCAAAGGUAGCAUUUCUUGAACCUGUUCUAACUACUUUAUGAGUGUCAAAGUUGGGGAAACACUGAAAAAAAAGAGUAUUUCUGGUUUUGCGUUGAGUGUAUGUAAUUAUAUAUCCCCUUUCCAGCAACGGCCGUCUCAAAACAAUCUCAUGUUGUUGACCUUUGUUCUACCUGCGGUGUAAGAUGGAUGAAUGGGGUUGAAUAUGAAUGACAUGCCAGUUAAAUGGGACAUACUACAGCAGUCCAUACUCAUCUGUCUACCUCUAAAUAAAAAUGCCUAUGAUUUUUCUAGAAA